AUUUAUUUUUAAUCAAAAAAAUUUGGUUCAAACCUUUUUUUUUAACAUUAUCUUUAAUAUGAACACAACAUGUGUUGGGAGUUUGGGAUCCCUUUAAAAGAAGCAAAGAAAGUGUUGGCAUUAGAGGGUAACCACUACUUAGAUGAGAAUGGUUUACUAUUCCAUCAUGAAUCAAAAACCUCAAGAAGCCUUACUCAGCUAGUUGUACCACAAUCUUUAAGAAAUGAGUUAAUAACCUGGGCCCACGACGAACCAUGUGGAGGACACUUCGGGGUGACAAAAACCUACGAGAAAAUUAGGACUAAUUACUAUUGGAUUGGUAUGUAUAACGACAUACAAACCUAGGUAAAGUCAUGUACCACUUGCGCUCAACGAAAACAAAACCCGACUACUAGCAAAGCACCUCUACUACCAAUUCCUGUCGAAGGACCAUGGGACGUCAUUGCAGCCGAUUGUUUGGGACCUUUCCCUCCUUCUUUAAAAGGAAACCGCUAUAUAGUUGUGUUUGGUUGCUUAUUUACAAAGUAUGUGGAGGCUUUUGCGGUCCCCACCAUUGCAGCAUCGUCUAUUGCAAAGAUAUUUGUAGACAACAUUGUGUUCAAGCAUGGAGCACCAAGGCGAUUUCUAACCGAUAGAGGUAGUAAUUUUACGAGCAAACUUGUAAAAGAAGUAUGCGAAAUAUUAAAUGUAAAGAAGUCUUUUACAACCGCUUAUCACCCCCAAACUGACGGUUUUGUGGAACGCAUUAAUGGGAUUUUGGCUCAAAGUCUUUCCAUGUAUGUUGCCUCUAACCAACGAGAUUGGGAUGUCCAUCUUCCAGCUGCUGUAUAUGCAUAUAAUACCAGUAUAUCUGCUAGUACUGGAGAAACUCCUUUUAGGUAACAUAUGGUAGAGAUACUUUACUACCCCACGGCACUACACUGCUGCCGAGAAAAGACCCCACGGACAACACCGAGUUACUCAUUCAACGACUCAUAUCCGACCUACGAUUGUCACGUAAACUGGCAAAAGAAAAUAUUCAGAAGGCUCAAGCGAAGAUGAAGUUACACUAUGAUCAAAAAGCUAAAGAAUACCCGUUUCAAGUGGGACAUAAAGUAUGGAUAUAUAAGCCAGCUGCAAAGAAAGGCUUAGCGAAAAAACUUACCAGCUUCUGGCACGGUCCAUUUCGGCUAAUUGAAAAGACGUCUCCCGUAACUUUCAAGGUGGAGAAUAUGAACUUACUACUCCUGUUCAUGUGUCCCGUUUCAAGCAAUGGUUUGGUUCAGAAGAUAAACCCACAACAGAUAUAACAUUGGACAUCGAAGUUCUCAAUGAAGCUAGAGAAACAAGCGAUGAGUUUAGUUUUGAAGAAACUAACCAGAGGGUAAACAAACAAGCAACAUUUUCAACCGUUAGAAAUGAAACAGAUGAAAUACACGAUUUGUCGGAAAACCAAACUGAUGAUACGGAUAUAUUCACAAUGGAAGAAAUCGUUGAUAAAAGGCUUAGAAAAGGUAAAACCCAAUAUUUAGUAAAGUGGAAGGAUUACCCUUCAAGUCAAAAUACAUGGGAGCCGGAAGAACAUAUUUUUGAUAAAAAAGUAAUACAAAAAUAUCUAGAGAAGAAAAAUAAGAGUUUACAAGUUUCCGCAAUUACAAUGGUAUAUCCGAAAAGUCCACAGUAUAAAGAAAAGACCAAAAAAAAGAUGUUAUCAAAUACAUUUUUUCAUAGAAAUAAGUUAUGGAAUACAAUGGUUCCUGUUGUUCUCUUAUGCUCACUUCUUUUACCCACGCUAGUAAAAGGUAUAUAUAUUGGCGAAGUUUUUGACUGCACAAGAGUACAACCAAUAGGAAUUUACCAGCUACCGACGAUCACUUCUUGUACCCAUAAUAUGCACUCCUCAAAUGAAUCCGUAAAAUCAUUCACAGCCAACGUCUAUGCCUACCGUCCUCAAACGACAACAAUACCUUUGUAUCAUUGCUUUGCUGAAAAAGUCACCCUUAAGUGUCACUCCAAUUUCCUCAAUCAAAAGGCUAAAGAUGUUGAGUCCCAAAAACUAACGGUAAAAGCUGGAGAGUGUCUCACGGCUAUGAAAACUAAAAUAUUGCCUUACGGAGCACUUCAAGAAGUUUGCCCAGGUACAUGGAAAACUGUCAUCUCGGACGAAUUUCAUUGUGCAUGGAUGCGAACAGAGACAACAGAGUAUACACAUUUCGUGAUGAAUAAGCAUGAUGGACAAGUUACAGGACGAGCUGUAGCACUAGAACAGUAUAUCACAAAAUAUUCUAUGCGCAGGUGUGUUCCUGGUGAGUGGGCACAAUCAAUAAUAGUAUGGAGUUCAAAUAACCACGAUAAAGAAGUCAUGAAGAAAUUAGGCACAUAUCCUAUUGAACGUAUAGGAGAUUUUGUUUUAAUUAGAAGUCUAAAAGUUGGCGGCGCAGUCCAACUAUCACAACAAGAAGGUCAGGUACUUACUCUAGACAAUGGUAUGCUUUUAAAAGAUCCCACAUUCCCAGAAGAUAUUUUCCAACAAUACAAGUCCGCUGCAGCUAAUUACUCUCAAAAGUUGGGAAAUGUUUCAGCUACGGCUAUACUAGAAGCGCAUAAUACCGUUGCCCUCAUGACACAGAAGAUGAGCAUGAUAAGUGCUUGGGAGCAAAUGUGUUUUAUACAGGCUGAAAUUUCUCGCAUUCACCGAUGGAAGAUUUUCCAAUUUCCAACCUCAUCGGCAGAAUCGGUACAUCAGGCUUUGGGUAUGACUGUUGAGCCUGCUGGAGAUGCUCUACUAUUAUCAAAAUGUCAAAGCCACACUACGUACGCUAUAAACUAUGCCGGUAAGAUAGGCAAUUUCUGCUUUGAGCACUUCCCUAUCACUUUGCCAAAUUCAAAUAUCACUUAUUUUCUAGAGGUUAGCGACAGAAAGUUAAUAAGGAUCAGUCCUCGAAUCCCUUGUAAACUCAGACCAAAACACACCUACCUGCAAGAUCCAAAACUAAACACUAUGUAUGAAGUAACCGCCUUUGGGCGAGUUAAAAUUGUAAAGACCCAACUAGAUCAUGUUUUACAUUCAUCAACCAAACCAAUUCCUCGCAUUCGAAGUUAUAGCAAAGAUAUUGUAAUCGAUAAGCCACAACGGCUCUCGCCAUAUACUGUUUUACAAUUAAUAUCUAGUUCCCAUACAACUCUUCAGACGCUCAAAACUAUCAGCGACACCAACGGUGGAGAUGUCUUGAAUGGUAUUGGCACAGCUUUAGGAAGUGCCUCACAAGCCACCGCAAGUGGAGGAAGCCAGAUCAUUAAAGCCUUUGGGGGUGCUAUAAAGGAUUCAUUGAAUGGAGUUUCAGACUUAGAUGAGAAGCUAGUCCGGUCAAUUGGAGACGCUUCCUCAUCGGUGUUAACAGCCGCCGGUGGAGCUGUGAAAGAUGUUGGAGAAGGUGCAGGAUCCUUCUUUCAGAAAUUCCUUGGUGGUAUAAGCGGAUCCAUUCUGUGGGCAGCAAUACUUUUAAUAGUAAUAUAUUUAAUCUUGAACAAGCCUAAUUUAAAUUAUUCCCUGCCUUGCUUAAGAUGUUUUCAAAUACCAUUGGUUAAUGAAACUGUAGUACAGCCACGCCAGGAUCAGUCCACGACAAUGUCUCCUAGAGUAAAAGGACGUCACCCACGUAUUUGCUCAGCUUGUAAGGUAGUUCAUAGGGAGUAAAAAGAAUACCGGUGAACGGUAAUGGCAGGAAUUAAAUCUUGUAUAAUUCCUGGAUGGAGAUGUGAGACGCCUCCAACCACCACGAGUUUUCUGAAAAAUGCAAUUUUUCUGUUUUUCUUGCGCUGUGUUGCUGUUUGCAACAAUGCUGUUUAGCAAAAAAUUUUUACGAUAACUACAAUGAACUUUUAUAGAGCUGUUUGGAACAAACGAUGAGCUUGAUGUGCAAUGAUGCUGUUUUCAAUAAUUUUUAUGAUGCUGUUUUAUUACGAUGAAUUUUUAUGUUGCUGAUGUGCAAUGAUGCUGUUUCGUUUUCCGAGCUGUUGAUUUUCCUUAACGAGAUAUUGGCGAUUACCCGUUUGCUACUCACUUGAGACUAUACUAUUGUUGCUGUUUUGAUGACACUUUUAAGUCCGAGGACGGACUUUUCGUUCGUCGUGAGUAAUGUUAUAAAGGUGGAUUACUCAAGCGGAACGCUUGACUAAUUCAAGUUUAUUGAACCAUAUAGACGUGUAGCAUAGACGCUAGCGUACCAAAACAAUUUGUUUAUGAACCUAAACGCAUCUAGCGUUUAAACAAAACGUAUAAAAACGUCAGUUAACAAACGUUCGUAGUUCUUGAUCCAGUUCUUGAUCCAGUUCUUGAUCCAGUUCUUGAUCCAGUUCUUGAUCCAGUUCUUGAUCCAGUUCUUGAUCUAGUUCUUGAUCCAGUUCUUGAUCCGGUUCUUGAUUGGGUUCUUGAUUUGUGUUCUUGAUUUUCUGGUUCUUAGUUCUGAGUUCGUUGUCCGAGGUAAGUGGUUGAAAGAGUCGAAGAAGCGAUUGAAGUUGUUGAGGAGCCGAAGAUAAUAAAAAGAUACCAGAAGAUAUAGUAAAACAAGUUGUAUUAUAUUUAUACGGUUUUAUAUAAUAUAUCGGGACAAUUGAAACUAGUAUUUAUAUUUGUUAUAAGUUGAUACGAAGUGUUGUUUGGAUUAUCAGUAACUCGUAACAUUUAUUUAUGCGUAUUAUCUAAAGCGUAGUAACUAAAGGACCAUACGUAACAAACGUAAAGAGAGAAGAUAUAUGAAUAGUUAAAGUAGAGGGAGAUAUAUGGAUAUAGAGAUAUAUGAACAUUUGGAUAUGAUUAUGUAACCUUUUUUAUAUAAACUUUCAGAAUAUAAUUACUACGUAACGUUAGCAAUUUAAUCGUCAUUUACUUACCGCGUUACAAUAUUAGUACAAGUUACGACGGACUGUUAUACACCUUACAACGCUUGGAUACGGUUUAGUUAUUGUUUAUACAUAAACACUUGUAACAUACCUCGUAACAGAACAAUAUAUUUUUAUUAUUGAAUGUAAUUAUUCAAUUGUAUUUAUUAUUCAAUAAAAUUACUAUUAGUUAUA